CUGCUCGUGCCUUCCUCCGAAUUCUCAACAAACUCCGCCAUGUUCUCUCCAGUUCCCACCUAAUAUCUGAGGAUAUCACCAACGUCCAUAUAAACAAGAUAAUCACCGGGCAAAUUACUGUUGCUGCUAGUUCACCAUUUGCGCAUUUCCUCUUCUAUUACCCGCAUUGUUCAACUGCCAUUUCUCUCCUCAAUUCCAAAAAAAAAACACAUAUUCAUUUUUUUUCUCAUUCGAGCUAAACCAUUUCAAUCCAUGGAAUUCGGACGAACUCCAGCCCUUCAAAUCAUCGUUGGGGUCCUAUGGUCGCAGCUGCAGUUCGGCGCUGAGGCAGUCGGCACGACGGUCUUCACGCUGCGCAACAACUGCACCUACACCGUCUGGCCGGCCACCUUGUCCGGCAACACCGCGGUGGCCGUCGGGGGCGGCGGGUUCGAGCUGUCGCCCGGCGCCAACGUCUCGUUCCCGGCCCCGGCUGGUUGGUCCGGCCGCUUGUGGGCGCGCACGGACUGUGCACCCUCCGGCACCGCGUCCCUCGCCUGCGUCACGGGGGACUGCGGCGGCGCCGUGAGCUGCUCCCUCGGCGGCGCGCCGCCUGUCACCCUCGCCGAGUUCACGCUGGGCGGCACCGACGGGAAGGACUUCUACGACGUGAGCCUGGUGGACGGGUACAACGUCGGCAUCGGCGUGGCGGCGACGGGCGCCAGGGUGAACCGCUCGACGUGCGGGUACGCCGGGUGCGUCGGCGACGUGAACGCGCUGUGCCCCGCGGAGCUGCAGGUGGCGGGGAAGGAGAACGACCAGCAGUCCGGGGCGGCGGCGACGACGACGGUGGCGUGCCGGAGCGCGUGCGAGGCGUUCGGGACGGCGGAGUACUGCUGCACGGGGGCGCACGGCGGGCCGGACAGCUGCGGGCCGACGAGGUACUCGCGGCUGUUCAAGGCGGCGUGCCCGGCGGCGUACAGCUACGCGUACGACGACCCCACCAGCACGUUCACGUGCGGCACCGGCGCGCAGUACGUCAUCACCUUCUGCCCCGCGCAGCAGCAGUGAUGAUCACCGCAACAGACCUCAGGAUUUCUGAUUAGGCCAUCCAUCUCCGGUGAUUCAAGUCCCUCUCUUUUUUUUCUCUUACCUUUGCUUCGUAGUAGUAGCCUAGUAGGUCGUGAAUGACUGAAUGCAAAUUGUAUCCUCUGUUUCGUUUUUAGGGAUUUGCACUAAAAAAUGGGUUGAUCAGCGCUGAUCUCUCUAUUGUAGUA